GUUGACAAACUGGGCAUUGUCUUUGUGCUUGACUAAUAUUGUUAACGACGGUCCUUAUUCUUCAGUCCAUGUUACUAAAAUAAACAUUACUAUACUACAGUAAAAACAUAGUAAAAAGGCAAUGUCAUUCUCUCGUGUGAAACAUUGAAAACUUCACUAAAUGUAGUCUUGACAACAAGUAUACAACUUUAUUAAGUCGCCCACACAACCGUGGGCACAAUAUAUGGACGAAAUAUAAUUAUCCCUAACGACGUCAAGGAAGCUAUGAAUAUAUUAUAUAUAGUACGAUAAACUAAGAAUCUUUUGGUCCCACGGAAACUGACGGGCCAGCCACACGUCAUAUGGGAUGAUAUUUCAUAGGGGAGAAACAUACUUUCUCCUCAAUAUAGCUAUAUUUUAUACGAGGUUAAACACUUGUAUUGGUAUAACCUGCAGUUCUGACUGAAAGAAUGGCUAACAACACAAAAGUAAGAAAGCCAUGGCAAAGCGGACAAUACACAGUAUACCUCUGGGAAUUUCUAUAUGGCUUGCUUCAAGAUCCAGAAUGCUGUUCGUUAAUUACAUGGACAAAUAAAGAGAUAAAAGAAUUUCGAAUCAAUAAUACACACGAGAUUGCAACAUUGUGGGGCACGGUCAAAAACCGCCCAACUAUGAACGAUAAGAAACUUCUUAGAGCUCUGAGAUAUUAUUACAAAACAAAAAUCUUAAGAAAGGUUAAAGGACAUAAAGGCGUUUACCAAUUUCUAUCCAUACCAUAUGAAACAGAAGGUUGUGACCAGGAAGUAAAGGGGUCUGUAAUGAGUAAACCAUCUCCUAUUAACACAUCAAUAAACGGUUUAAAAUCUAACUGUAGUGAAAGACUGACAAAUGAUAGUGGAGUUGCCGAAGGCUACUGCGGUUUAGCAGCAGUUUCUCAGAUGGAUUGUAAUCAUGAGGGAACCAUUGACAAACAAGAACAGACCGAGGGUCGCUUCGAUAAAUGCAACGAUCGUCCGCGAGACGAGAGUUGGUCUGAUUAUUCUUCGUCAAGUGACAGUAGUACAAAAAGUUUGGACGAGCUACAAGCGGACUUGCUUAAUACCGACCUAACAGAGAUGACUGAGAAUAUGGACUUUGUCUUCAAUGAAGACAGUGAUUUAGGAAUGUACCAGAAUGGAAACACAUUGGGUUGGUAGAAGGGAAAAAACCCACUCAAAACCUUUUAUGCCCUAAGAGCCUUGUUCUGCUGAACGCUAAGGCAUGCAAAGAUAUUGAUUUUUACAUAAUUUAUUAAAACAAGGCGCCUAGGCCAGGGUAUAUAUAUAUAUGUACACAAUUUACGAAAGUAAAGCAUACACAAUUUUAAAAUGUAACUAUAUAUUGUAAAUAUACAACUAUUGUAAU